AUGUUUGGAAAGAAUGAAGAAGCAAAACCAUUUUCAAUAGAUGAUUAUGAAUUUUUACCAGGAACCAUACAUCUAGUAGACAUAAAUCAUAAUUUAGAUGUUAAAAAAAAUGGAAAUGAUAAUAAUGGAGAUAUAAUUUUACAUCCUCAACCAACAAAUUCCCCCAAUGAUCCUUUAAAUUGGUCAACUAAAAAAAGAACUUUUCAAUUUGGAAUUAUAUGGUUUUGGGGUUUUAUGGUUGCUGGUUCAUUAAAUUUUAUGACUCCUUUAUAUUCAAGUUGGAUUACAAAUUAUGGUAUAACUUUAAAUCAAUUAUUAAUUAGUUCAGCAUUAGGUUAUUUAUUCUUGGGAGUUGGAGUGACAUUAGUUCAACCAACUGGUUUAAAAUUAGGUAAACAAUUUGUUUAUAAUUGUUGUACUGUUAUUGCAAUUAUUUCAUGUGGAUUUGGUUCAAAAACUAGUAAUAUAAGUUAUAUAUAUGCUUAUAAAGCAUUAAUUGGUAUUGCAGCUGCUCCUUGUGAUUCAUUAGUUGAAAUUUCUUCAACUGAUAUUUUUUUUCAACAUGAAAGAUCAACUGCUAUAUCUUGGUUAUUAAUGGCACUUUAUGGUGGGACGGAUUUAUUUCCUGUUGCAGCUGGUUAUAUUGCUGAUUCGUUACCAUGGAGUUGGUGUUAUUAUAUUCAAAUUAUCAUUUAUGGUACUUUAUUUUUAGUUCAAUUGUUUUUUAUGGAAGAUACUACUUUUAGAAGAGAUAAUAAAAUGGAAUCGGAAUUGGAAGAAGAUAUUUUAAAUCAAAUUAAGUCUUAUGAAACUAUACAAAAUCAAAGAAUAAACACUAAUACCGAGGAACGUGAUGAUAAAAAGAAUCAUAAUUCAGAAGAUAUUGAUAUUCAUUCAGUAGUAAAUAGUGGUGAUGAUGAUAGUAUACCAGAAAAGACAUAUUUACAAAAGAGAAAUUGGAUUCAUACAGAAUAUAAUGAUAUAAGAAGUUGGUUUAAUAUUUUUAUACGUCCAUUUUAUUUAAUUACUUUUCCAGCAGUAGUAUGGAGUGGAUUAAUAUAUGGUGGACAAAUGUGUUGGUUAUCAUUAUUAAUAAAUUUAUCAUCAUCAAUUUAUUCAAAACCUCCUUAUAAUUUUUCAGAUGGUAUUGUUGGAUUAACUAGUUUAGGUAUAUUUGUUGGUAAUCUUGUUGGUAUGUUUUAUGGUGGUCCAUUUGUUGAUUGGUUAGCGGUAAAAUUAGCAAGAAGAAAUCAUGGAAUAUUAGAACCUGAACAUAGAUUACAAGCAAUGUUAGUUCCUACUAUUUUAAAUGCUGCUGGAAUAUUAGCAUUUGGAUUAAGUGCACAUUACGGAUCUGCUUGGGAAAUUUCUGUGUUUUUAGGAAUGGGAUUUAUGGGCUAUGCAAUGACUGCUUCAGGAGCAGUCUCAGUAGUUUAUGCAGUUGAUAGUUAUGAAAAAUUAGCAAGUGAAUCAAUUGUUUUAAUGUUAUUUAUUAGAAAUAUGAUUGGAAUGGCUUUUACUUUUGGUAUUGGUCCAUGGAUUGAUCAACAAGGGAUUUUUAAAACUACUUGGGUUAUGUUUGGACUUUCAAUUGUUAUAAAUGGUUCUUAUAUAUUUAUGAUUAUGUAUGGUAAAUCAUUAAGACGUUGGACUAGAGAAAGAUAUGAAAAAGUUACUAAAGGUAUGACGGCUUAUUAA